AUGUUUGGCGACCUCUAUCGAUUAAUGUCAUGUGGUUUGGCAGAUAUUUUGAAACUAUAUAAAAAAAAAAAAAAAAAAUAGAACUAUUAAAAUAGUCCCAAAUCAAAUCUCUUGAUAGCAGCUCUUAAAGCGGCCAAAUCCAGUUUUGUUUUGUUUUAACCCCCCUCCACUACAUCCAAUUGUCCCCCAAAUUACCAGUUUUUUUUUUUUCUUUUAUAUUUUGUGCCUGGACCUAGGUCCUGGGCACCGCCAUCUUUGUGUGGGUAGAGGAAGUCCCUGUGGGACACAUCAUCUGCCCACACUAGAUAGUGCUGUGAAAUUCCUGCACACUUGGGCAUUCAAACAGGAAUUUUGUCUAUUCAUUUGUCAGAAAGACCAAUAAAUUUAAUAGAAAUUUCAAACAAAUGAACGAAGACCUCUUCGCUCGUUCAGUUUAUUACAAGGGGGGAGCUACCGGCAUGCAGGAAGCGGUGUUCCCCGCCACUUCCUAAAUGGUCCCUCCGCCUUUUGAUAGAUAGCUCCCUGAUACCAUGGGAAUAAGGGAGCUAUCUACUAAGAGGCUGCAAGAUGCAUUUAAAUUAAAUUCCGAUUCAAACAAAGUCCCAAAUUGCGACCUAACAUGAAUGGAUAAACUGUUCUCAUUCUGUUAGGACGAAAUUCAGUAGUUUCACCAGCUUCCUGUCCAAAAUGACUGGACGAUCUGCAAUAGUGAAAGAAGGCAUCGCAAGGUCACGGAGGAAAGGUAAGAAUUGUGGGUAAUCACUCUUAUCACCGUAAAUGAAGCACACUUUGCUCCUCCGCUGGUCAGGUGUAGGAAAAAUACACAAGACAAAUAGUCCCUACUUUGUCUUAUGUUUUAAAGAAAAUUAGAGCAGACAGGAAGAAAUGAAGAACCGAUCCUGACAGAGGGAUGACAGUGCCGCUUUAACACUGGUGACAAGAUAAAACGUGUGCUCUGACAUCAUCUAUUUGAAUCUAUGUGAUCUGGCUGCCAUAUUGGAUUAUAUAACCCAUUUUAAAUAAUCUUCAUAUAGGUUUAUAAAAGGCAAAUCUUUCCUAUGUAAUUCUCCACCUGCAGUAUUUGCUCAUCGCUCUACCAGGCUUUUGGGAUCGACAGCCUUUAUUGCUGCUUGCAUCAAUAUUAUGGAUAUAGCUAUAAGCCCAUUGGACCAUUCAAGGCCUUUUGGUUCAUCUGAUUUGUUUUCUAAAUAUAUAUGUGAAGCUCUAACAGGAAAGGGUGGAGCCUAAAGAGGAAGGGGUGGGGUUUACAGAGGUAGGGUUGGCUCUUAAAGAGAAAGGGGUUUGGCCUUGACAGGAAGGUGUGGGUCAAAUUUAUAUUAGGGGGGUGCCCGAGUUUAGUCUCACCUAGGGCAGCACAAACCCAAGAUACACCACUGCUGUGUGUAAGUGUAUAAAUCAGCCUGUGUGCAUUCAGAAAUCUGUGUGUGUGUGUAUAUAUAUUCAGCAGUCUCUGUGUGUUCGUAUUCAGUGUACUGUGUGUAUGUACUCAGCAAUAAUCAAUAAUUUAAAUUUUUAUUCCUGUGAGUUGUUGUGUAGGAAGGGCCCCAGUGCACUGCUUUGCCCGGGGCCCUUAACACUGUUAAGAUGGUACUGCUUGUGUGUGUCAGUGAGCUUGUGUGUGUCAGUGAGCAUGUGUGUGUCAGUGAGCUUGUCUUUAGUGAGCUUGUGUGUGUCCCUGAACUUCUUUGUAGUGAGCCUUGUGUUUAUACAAGUGAGUUUGUCUGUAGUAAGCUUGUGUGUGAGUCAGAGAGUUUUGUCUGUCAGUGAGCCUAUGUGCUCACUGUAAUAUAUAUAGAGACUUUUAGGAAUGGAUAAACACAAAAAGAAUUCAGCGCUAGUAAUCACAAAAUUAGUCAAGGUAGGCAGCAACCCAAAUGAAGGAAAACCCCUCGGGUCCUUCGGUGGAUAGAUACAAAAAGAUAUGGAAGGGCUGCGCCAAAUAAGGGUAGAUAGUCCAGUAAAGUAUUGCUAGGGUGCCAAUAGAUGGUCUAGGACACUUGAUAGAGUUCCUCUGUGGAUGCGUCUGGUGUAGACCGUUCCGUAUAUGUAAAUACAAGAGAGGUAGAAGCGACUAAUGGUAUAGUAUGAAAGUUCAGGGUGUGAUAGGUAACAAAAAGUAAAGGACUCACAUUCAAGAGAGCUAUGGCCAGCUCUGGUGUGGAUUGCGUACAGCGGUAUAAUCCCCGCUUAUGGGAUAUGUAGGGAGGGGGUCUCCGUCAACACAGUCUGGUAGUCCAGAACUCAGAAAAGAAAGACAGAAAGCAACAAUAGUGCUCUCAAUUUUGAUGUGGUUCAAUGUGCAGAUAAGAAGAGGUAAAAAACUCACAUUUGAGGGAGCUAUGGCCAGCUCUGGUGUGGAUAGCGUACAGCGGUAUAAUCCCCGCUUAUAGGAGCUUAUAGGAUAUGUAGCGGCAAUACGUCCGUCAGCACCGUCUGGUGAUCCAAGGCUCCAAUAUAGAAGAAUAAAAAGCAGCAAUAGUGCUCUCAAUUGUGACAGGUUAAGAGAGUAGUAGAGAAAAUAAAAUAAUACUCACAAAGAUAGAGCAGAGGUACUGCUCUAUGGAUAGGCGCCGGUGGUAUGAUCCCCACCUAGGAUUUCUUGGAGUACUGGAACUUUAAAAUUGCCAAUGGAAGUAAAAGUAACCAGGAAAGGUUAAAAUGCCAGGAAUAGGUAAAAAAAAAGUUGUUUAAAGUGCAUAAAGAGUGCAAUAAAAAGAGGAUUGGUACAAUAAAGUAGCCAAAAAACUUUUAUUGAUCUAAAAUACACAGUAAAAUACAGAAUUAAUAACCAUAAACGCGUUUCACCAUAAGUGGCUUCUUCAGAAUGGGAUAAAAGUAGUAACCUGGCAGGGGUUGUUUAAAUAGGGCUAUGUUAAUUUGAAAAUUGCGCCAAAAGUGUAAUUGGCCAAUCAGAGACAAUUUUUAAAAUCACUUUUCAAAAUUAGGAUUCAAGAGUAUGGGAGUGAUGUUAUAAAGGUGAUGAGUCCAUUUAAAUUAUUUAAAUGUGAAAACUAGGGUGAGAAAGUUGUUUUUUAAAGAGAAAGAAAAAAAAAAAGGUGUUUGAUUAAAGUUCAUUAAAAAAAUAAAUAAAUAAAUAAAUAAAAAUAAAACAAAUAAGUAGAUGGUCUAAAGGUACAGAGAUACAGAGAUAUAUGUAAAUGGAGUAUGCAUGAAAAGGGGGUAAUAUAAUCCCAAACAUAAUGAUUUACAUAGGGGUUAUAUUAUACCCCAGAGUAAUAAUAUAUUACAGAUGUUAAAUGAAAAUAAUAGAUAAAAUAAAAAUAACAUUAAAUAAAAUUAAAUAAAAGAUAACACAGAAUACAAGAUACAUAAAUGGAAAGGCAUAGAUGAAAAAUUAAAACUUAAAAGAUUAUUAUUAUGAGGGUUGGUUAGGUCCAGACAUAAAGAAUAAAAGCAUGUAGAUAAGGGUUGUAAAUAGGAAUUUAAAUAAAAUUAAACAGGUCAAAAUCAACAUUUAAACCAGAUGGGGUAAGAGUUUUGAGAUUAAAAACCCAUUCCAUCUCAGCUUUACCUAAUAUGUUCUUAAUGUUACCACCUCUCCAUGGUAUUAUACAUUUUUUUAUGCCGAUGCAUUUAAGGUGUCUUAUGUCGUUGUUAUGUGUACAAAAGUGUUUGGAGACUGAGUGAUUCAGGUAGCCUUUUUUGAUAUUUCUACAGUGUUCACUCAGUCUCACUUUAAGACUUCUUGUGGUCAUCCCUACAUACUGGAGACCACAAGGGCACUCCAACAAGUAGAUGACAUUUUUGGUAUCGCAACUGAUAAAAUCUUUAAUUUUAUAGGUUUUGUUGGUGAUAUUAGAUUUAAAACUGGUGGUUUUGGAAGGGACGGAGGGGUCUGUGUUUUUGCAUACAAUGCAUCUUUUACAUUUAUAAAAGCCACUGGCAUUGGGCAUAAAAGAAUUAAAAGUAGGUUUGGUUUCUUUUGUAAAAUUGGUGGUUAAAAUGGAUUUGAAGUUUGGGGCACCUCUAAAGACAACAUUAGGCUUGUCAGGUAUAAUAUUUUUAAGUAUUUCAUCUUCUUUUAAGAGGUGCCAAUGUUUUUUGAUAAUUUUUUUGACAUGGCCACUUUUGUUAUUAAAAUUGAAAAUAACAGGAAGGGGCAUGGUGUUGGUGGUGGGUUGGGUAUUGUAAGUUAGGAGGUCUGCUCUAUCUUUUUUGGUGAUGGUAUUUAUAGUGGUGUUGAGGCGGGUUGGUGAGUAAUUUUUCUCAAUAAAUUUUUCUUUUAGAUAAUUUGAUUGUUUGUUAAAAUCUUCUAUUUGGGAGCAAUUCCUUCUGAGACGAAGGAAUUGGCUUUGAGGGGCACUUUCCAACCAAGGUUUGUAAUGGCAGCUAGAUCUUUCGAUAGCUGUGUUGACGCAGACUUUUUAAAAAAAAAUGUUUUGGUGUGGAUGGUAUUGUCUGUAAUGAAGAUGUUGAGGUCUAAAAAAUUAAUAGAUUCCUUACUUGUUUCGUGGGUUAGGGUAAUGCCUCUAUUGUUGAUGUUGAGGUGGUGGAUAAAAGAGUUAAAAAGAGCUUCUGUGCCAUCCCAGAUAAAAAACAAAUCAUCUAUAUAUCUAAAAUAUGUUACAAGGUUCGUACACCAAGCGUGCCUUCCCCAUAUGGCCGUGGAUUCCCAGUCGGCCAUAAAGAGGUUGGCAUAGCUUGGCGCGAACCUUGUACCCAUCGCAAUGCCUUGUUUUUGUAGGUAAAAGGAGUCAAAAAAACAAAAAUAGUUGUUGGUUAAAAUGAUAUUAAUACCUUCUAAAAUAAAAUCUAUUUGGGCAGGGGGGAUUCUGUUUUCUUUAGUUAAAAUUUCUCUGAUUGCCUGGCAUCCUAUAUGGUGGGGUAUAAUCGUGUAUAGGGAUUGGACAUCACAAGUAGCUAAAAUGUAAUUAGUUUGCCAUUUGAAUUUGUCUAAAAAACGUAGUAGUGACAUAGAGUCUUUUAGGUAAGAGCGCAUUAAUUUAACGGAUGGUUGGAGGAGUAUGUCAAUGUAUUCUGACAGAUUGCAGAGUAGGGAAUUUAUCCCUGACACGAUGGGUCUGCCAGGGGGGUUAUUAAUAUUUUUAUGUAUCUUUGGUAAAAAGUAUAUGACAGGGAGUUUAGGGUAUUUGAUGUUAAGAUAGUUGUAUUCGUUUUUGGUUAGGAUGCCAGAAUCCAAGGCUUUUUGUAAAAAAGUGGAUAGGGUGAUUUGGAUGGUAGGGGUGGGGUCAGAGGGUAGUUUGUUAUAUGUUUCUGUAUCAUGUAGUUGUCUAUGUGCCUCAUCUAUGUACAUCUUGCUAGAUAGGAUAACGAUCCCACCUCCUUUAUCUGCCGGCUUUAUGACAAUAUCUUUGUCUUCUUGUAGUUGUUUCAGUGUGUUGCGCUCGGCAUGGGUGAGGUUGUGUGAGUCAUAUUUGUUAUAUUUAAUUUUUUCAAAGUCUUUUAACACAAGUUUUUCGAACAUGAUGAGGGGUGCAGAUUUGCAGUAGGAAGGGUAAAAUUUGGAUUUUUCUUUCAAAUGAGUGUUGAUGUUAUUGGGGUUAUUGAUACUAGGCAUGGGGGGUGGAGAAUUGGUUGUGGUGGGUAAUUUGUCAUUAAAAAAUCUCUUUAGUGUAGCUUUGCGAACAAAUUUGUUGAUGUCUAAAAAGGCUUCGAAAGAUUUAAAAGGGUUAGUCGGUGCAAAUUUCAUACCUUUAUUAAGGACGGAUAUUUGGGUGGCGGAUAAGAUUUUGUUGGACAGAUUAAAAAUACCGUUGUAGGAAGUGUUUGAAGGGUUUACGGUCUGUCUAGCCUUUCUCUUUUGUGCUCUUCCGCCGCUGCGUUUACCUCUGGGCUUAAAAUUCUUUUUUUUGUUCGUGGAGGGUAAGGUGUAUUGGCUGUUAAAUUUGGGUGGGUGCGAAUCUCUAAAAAAUGAUCUUCGUUUUCUAUUUCUGAGUCAAGUGACAGUAAUUGGAAACGAUUUGGGUGAUUGGGAAUAGUAGGUGAUUGGGUGAAAUUGGAAUAUUGUUGGUGACUAUUUGCGUAUUGGGGUCUUUGGGGUUUGGGUGAGUGUUCAGGUACAUUGUAAUAGUGGGGUGAUCGUGGUGGUUUAUAUGAAGUUUUGCGAUAUCUUUGGGGUGCUGGUAAGUGUUGGGGAGGGUGAGAGUAGGAUGGCUUGGAGGUAGGUUGGUGGUGGUAGUGGUUAGUUCUAUAAGUGUGUGGUUUGAAGGGAGACCGGUAGGGGGUCUGUGUCCUUGGUAGUGGUGUUGUGGUGGUCGGUAUGAGGGUUUGGGUGCAAUUUGUUGGUGAUGAGAUCUGUCAUAUUUGUAUGGUUCAGAGGAGUAUUCAAUGUGAGGAGGGUUGUCAGAAAUGUAUUUUUUGUUUAAGUGAUAUGUCCUCACUUGUUUGUUUGCGUAGUCGUGUUUGUCUCUAAUAUAUUUCUUGAUUUUGAGGUGUUUGGUGUCCAUUUCUAUUUUUUCUAUUUUGCUUUGAAUAAGGAUAGAGUUUUGUCUGUAUACACGUGUAUCCAUAAAUGGCAUUAGUUUCUCUUUUAAGUCAUUAAUUUCUAUGUCUAGUAGUGACAAUUUUUUACUUUUUUUAGUGACUAGAGUUUCCAUGAGUCCGAAUGUGCAUAGUUCAAGUUUACUGUACCACUCGUCCAUGAAUUCUAAGUCAUCUUGAUCUGAGGCAGGGAGUUUGAGCAAUCUUAAGCCUCGGGGAGUGAUUUGCUCUUCUAUGUAUUUUUUCAUGGUGGCUAUUUCCCAUUUUAGUUUAAUUUCAGAUGUUAAUGCUUUUUCUAAUUUUAUGAAAAGUUCUUGUUGGCUUAAGGUGUGGUGUCUGAUGGGUACAGGGCUAAUGGGUCUUGUAGGUUCAGAAUCAAAUACAUUGUUAACAUCAAUAACAUAAUUAUUCCUAAAGUCAAAGAUGGACAUAAUUGAGGAGAACAAGCAGCUAAAGAUGAGGGGAAUAGAUAUAGAUAAACACAAAAAGAAUUCAGCGCUAGUAAUCACAAAAUUAGUCAAGGUAGGCAGCAACCCAAAUGAAGGAAAACCCCUCGGGUCCUUUGGUGGAUAGAUACAAAAAGAUAUGGAAGGGCUGCGCCAAAUAAGGGUAGAUAGUCCAGUAAAGUAUUGCUAGGGUGCCAAUAGAUGGUCUAGGACACUUGAUAGAGUUCCUCUGUGGAUGCGUCUGGUGUAGACCGUUCCGUAUAUGUAAAUACAAGAGAGGUAGAAGCGACUAAUGGUAUAGUAUGAAAGUUCAGGGUGUGAUAGGUAACAAAAAGUAAAGAACUCACAUUCAAGAGAGCUAUGGCCAGCUCUGGUGUGGAUUGCGUACAGCGGUAUAAUCCCCGCUUAUGGGAUAUGUAGGGAGGGGGUCUCCGUCAACACCGUCUGGUAGUCCAGAACUCAGAAAAGAAAGACAGAAAGCAACAAUAGUGCUCUCAAUUUUGAUGUGGUUCAAUGUGCAGAUAAGAAGAGGUAAAAAACUCACAUUUGAGGGAGCUAUGGCCAGCUCUGGUGUGGAUAGCGUACAGCGGUAUAAUUUGUUUUUUAUCUGGGAUGGCACAGAAGCUCUUUUUAACUCUUUUAUCCACCACCUCAACAUCAACAAUAGAGGCAUUACCCUAACCCACGAAACAAGUAAGGAAUCUAUUAAUUUUUUAGACCUCAACAUCUUCAUUACAGACAAUACCAUCCACACCAAAUUUUUUUUUAAAAGGUCUGCGUCAACACAGCUAUCGAAAGAUCUAGCUGCCAUUACAAACCUUGGUUGGAAAGUGCCCCUCAAAGCCAAUUCCUUCGUCUCAGAAGGAAUUGCUCCCAAAUAGAAGAUUUUAACAAACAAUCAAAUUAUCUAAAAGAAAAAUUUAUUGAGAAAAAUUACUCACCAACCCGCCUCAACACCACUAUAAAUACCAUCACCAAAAAAGAUAGAGCAGACCUCCUAACUUACAAUACCCAACCCACCACCAACACCAUGCCCCUUCCUGUUAUUUUCAAUUUUAAUAACAAAAGUGGCCAUGUCAAAAAAAUUAUCAAACAACAUUGGCACCUCUUAAAAGAAGACGAAAUCCUUAAAAAUAUUAUACCUGACAAGCCUAAUGUUGUCUUUAGAGGUCCCCCAAACUUCAAAUCCAUUUUAACCACCAAUUUUACAAAAGAAACCAAACCUACUUUUAAUUCUUUUAUGCCCAAUGCCAGUGGCUUUUAUAAAUGUAAAAGAUGCAUUGUAUGCAAAAACACAGACCCCUCCGUCCCUUCCAAAACCACCAGUUUUAAAUCUAAUAUCACCAACAAAACCUAUAAAAUUAAAGAUUUUAUCAGUUGCGAUACCAAAAAUGUCAUCUACUUGUUGGAGUGCCCUUGUGGUCUCCAGUAUGUAGGGAUGACCACAAGAAGUCUUAAAGUGAGACUGAGUGAACACUGUAGAAAUAUCAAAAAAGGCUACCUGAAUCACUCAGUCUCCAAACACUUUUGUACACAUAACAACGACACAAGACACCUUAAAUGCAUCGGCAUAAAAAAAUGUAUAAUACCAUGGAGAGGUGGUAACAUUAAGAACAUAUUAGGUAAAGCUGAGAUGGAAUGGGUUUUUAAUCUCAAAACUCUUACCCCAUCUGGUUUAAAUGUUGAUUUUGACCUGUUUAAUUUUAUUUAAAUUCCUAUUUACAACCCUUAUCUACAUGCUUUUAUUCUUUAUGUCUGGACCUAACCAACCCUCAUAAUAAUAAUGUUUUAAGUUUUAAUUUUUCAUCUAUGCCUUUCCAUUUAUGUAUCUUGUAUUCUGUGUUAUCUUUUAUUUAAUUUUAUUUAAUGUUAUUUUUAUUUUAUCUAUUAUUUUCAUUUAACAUCUGUAAUAUAUUAUUACUCUGGGGUAUAAUAUAACCCCUAUGUAAAUCAUUAUGUUUGGGAUUAUAAAUUUCCUAGCCACACAAGUUAAACUCAAAGGUCUAUAAUUUCCAGGCAACAAUUUUAAACCCUUUUAGGAUAUAGGAACCACAUCUGCCUUUCUCCAAUCCUCUAGAAAAAUUACGGGGAAAAAAAUCUUGAAAGAUUAAAAACAGAGGUCCACUUAUUUCCACACUAAGCUCCUUGAGUAGGUGAAUGCCAUUUGGCCUUGUGACUUUUUUACAUUAAAUUUCAUUAGUUGCAGUAGCACCUUGUCUUGAGUCAUGUAAUUGCAAUAUAUCUGCAAGUUGUUUUUUUUUUUGCAGCAAUCAUUUGCGUAUAAUUUGCCAUAACUUCCUCCUUCAUAUGUAUUAAGGAGAAAUAAUUAUUAAAAAUGUCUGUCUUUUGCUGAUCUUCAUUUACUAGCAUGCCCAUCUCUAUUUGAAGUGUGCCUACACUUAAUUUUUUAAAAUUUUCUAUUUUAGAAUAUAUAAGGAUGCUGUCACUAUAUAUCACAUCUUAAUAAUAACAUUCAUAUCCCCCAAUUGUAGCAAGUCAAAAGAAAUAGACUGCAAUAUGGAGUAUAACAUCAAAUUCAAUACAACCCUUGCUCAAUAGUGCAAACCACCCUCAAUUCGGGGUCGGUAAACUGAACAGUGAGUUGAUUGAGCUGAUUGAAAAUAAAUCUGUUUCUGGACGUUCAAUCCACCUAACUUCGGAGCUCCAACCGUGUCCCAUUUAUAACAGAGAGGUCAACCCUAUGCUCUCGGUCUUGGACCUAAGAAGGGACUCCCACGACCUGUACAUGCCAGAGUAUGUGGAAGUGAGUCACUUACCUUGGGUCAAGCGUGGUAGAACGCAGCUGGGGGAGCACAACUAUCAGUCUGUGUGUGCAUUGUAUCUGCGUUCAGUGGCGUCUCUAGGAUUAAUUUUUAGGGGGGGCAAAUGGUGGGCCAGAGACAAAAGUAGGGGGGCACAUUUAACCCCGCCCCUGCCGCAGUUUGACCCCGCCCCUGCCACAUAUUAAGCCCCAGCCCCGACACAAAGUGUUGUUUUUUUAAUAAUCCCUGAUGGAAGAUUCAUUAUUUUCCACCAGGGAUUAUUAAAAAACAAACACAUUAUCCUUGAUACAGUGCAUAGUUGAAAAAAAAUUCCAUGGACAUUUUUUUUUUGAAAAAAAAUUCCAAGGACAUUUUGCAGCACAGCUAUCAAUUACUGUCUGUGUAUAAUAUCCCUGGACAGUCAGUGUUCUCUGUAUAAUACAGGGUUGUGUGUAUAAUAAAUUGGGACAGUCAGAGGUCCCUGUUCAGUGCUGCUCUCCGUAUAAAACAUGGCUGUGUGUAUAAUAUCCCGGGCAGUGGCGUACACAGGACCCAUGGGGCCCCGGUGCGAAAAUUGAUCCGUGGGCCCCCCCCCGUGCUUACUCGGCGCGGGUUGGGGCCGCAACACAUGGUGGCGGGCACCUGGUCGCAGGGGUUGCAGGGCUGCGACCCUGCGGCCGCGGUAUGCACACACACCUAAAGGACCACUACAGACAACCAGAUCACAUCAGCUCAAUGAAGUGGUCUGGGUGCCAGGUCCCUCUAGUUUUAACCCUGCAGCUGAAAACAGCUUUUCAGAAAAACGGCUAUGUUUCACUGAGGGUUAAUCCAGCCUCUGGUGGCUGUCUCAUUGACAGCCACUAGAGGAGCUUCCGCAAUUCUCACUGUGAAAAUCACUUCACAAUUGAGUAAUGCUUUCCUAUGGGCGGUUUAAAUGCACGCGCGCCUCUUGCCGCGCAUGUGCAUUCGGAGCUGAGAGGCGGAGGGAUCCCCAGCUCCAAGGGAGUCUGGCACUGGAGAAAGGUAAAUGCUGAAGACACACACUCUCAUGAACAGACGCGUACUCACUAGCUAACAGACACACACAUUUACUGACAGUGACACACUAAGCGACAGACAUACAUACACACUCACUUACAAAACAUACACUUUCACUGACAAACACACACUCACUAACAGACAUCAAACACACUCAGUAACAGACACACACAGCAACACACUCACUGACACUCACUAGCAGACACACACACUAACACACACACUAACACUAACACACACACGUUUUUUUUUAAAUUGAAUCCCCCCAGCCUCCUUACCUUUUGGAGUGCUGGGGGGAUUCCCUGGGGUCCAGUGGUGCUGCUGGGCUCCUGGGCAGGUGGGCUGUUUGGAUGGCAGGCGCGCGAGGGAGCACUCUCCCCUGAGUGCUUCCUCUUCAGCUCCCUUGACGUCAUCUUCCGGCUCCGGUAUCAGUGCGGCGCGCAAGGGAGCUGAAGAGGAAGCACUCAGGGGAGAAUGCUCCCUCGCGGCCGGCCACCUAGACAGCCCGCCCGCCUGGUGUCAGCAGGGCCAGCCUCGGGGGGCCCUGGGGUGGCCGGCUCCUGGGCCCCCCAGGGGAAGAGGCUGGUCCAGUGGGUACAUACCGGGUCACAGGGGCGGCUGGGCCCCCUGGUGGGCCGGGCCCGGUCGCAGCCGUGACCCCUGCGACCCUGGUAUGUACGCCACUGACCCCGUAUGUACGCCAGAGUCAGUGCUCUCUGUAUAAUACAGGUCUGUUUGUGUAUAAUAUCCUAAGACAGAGAGCAGCACUAUACAGGGAACACUGACCGUUACAGGAAGAGCAGCAAAAUACAGGAAGCACUGACUAUCCCGGGAUAUUAUACACACAGAUCUGUAUUAUACAGAGAACAGCACUAUAGUAUUAUACAGAUAGCUGAGCAUCUACACCAUGUCCCAAUCUCUAGACUACUAGUACCUGUCAACAGCAGCUCCCAGACGCGUGUAAAAGGGCUAAAGUGUGCAGCAGCUCACACAGAUGAUUCAGCGGUAAAGCGCACUCGCUGGCAGAGCCAAACUGGGAAUCCAAUGCAGCCCUGGAAAAAAAUGUAUGCCAUUACUACAAGUCAAUAUAUAUAUAUCUAUAUAUAAUUAAUAUUACAGUGAGCACACAAGCUCACUGACAUGCGCAAAUAGGCUCACUGACAGACAAAAAACUCUGACUCACACACAAGCUUAUUACAGACAAACUCACUUGUAUAAAUACAAGGCUCACUACAAAGAAGUUCAGGGACACACACAAGCUCACUGACACACACAAGCAGUACCAUCUUAACUGUGUUAAAGGCCCCGGGCAAAGCAGUACAUUGGGGCCCUUCCUACACAACAACUCACAGGCAUAAAAAUGUUAAUUAUUGAUAGACUGCUGAGUACAUACACACAGUACACUGAAUAUGAACACCGAGAGAUUGCUGAAUACACACACAGAUUUCUAAAUGCACACAGGCUGAUUUAUACACUUACACACAGACUGCUGAGUCCAUACACACACACUGCUGUGUCCAUACAGACUGCUGAGUCCAUACACACACAGACCAUACAGACUGCUGAGUCCAUACACACACAUACACACACACACAUACUGCUGAGUCCAUACACAUACUGCUGAGUCCAUACACACACACACAGACGCACAGACUGCCGAGUCCAUACACACAGACUGCUGAGUCCAAACACACACACAGACUGCUGAGUCCAUACACACAGAUACAUGUGUGUAUGCACAAGGGCCCUCUCUACAUUAGUUCAUCACUGAUGUCACCUUUCAGCAUUAUAUGUUUUAUUUCUCUAAAAUACUCAUAUUUGUGUCUCACAAGUACAACAGUAUCCCCCAUGUAGAGGUUUUAUGGGGUUUUGGAAAGUUACAGGGUUAAAUAUAAGGCUUGCCCAUUUCAGUUUUUACACAUUUAAAUUUGCCGGAUUGGUUAUGUUGUCUUUGAGACUGUAUGAGGAAUUAGAAUUACCCCUAUCAUGGCAUAUCAUUUGCAAAAGUAAACAAGGGUAUUCGAAAUCUGAAUUUCUUAUAUUACUCACUUGCCAAUAAAGAGAUCCCAUUCAAAGAACUUGCAACACUAAGUUUCAAAACUCUGAGUGACCGUGCAGGAUUUGGCAAUGGACAGAGUAAGCAGUUUAUGUUAUAAUUGUGGAGCUCUUAAUUUAGCUUUCUAAGGAUAUACAUAGUUGUUCUAAGUGCAUGAAAAAAGGUGCUUUUUUCAAAAUUCGGUGCACAUUUACAGUUAAGAUGCCAAUAAACAAUAUACAAAUAAACAUUAACUUUGUGAAUUUGCCAAUAUGUUAUGAAAAGUACUUUUUGUAAACUUGCACAGAAUUUUGAAUUAAGCACCUCCUUCAAGCACUUAGAACAACUAUAUAUAUAUAUAGUUGUUCUAUUAACUAAGUAUAGUUUCUACGAAGAAGUAAGUAGAAGUAUAGAUCAGGGUGUUGCCGUGGAUGUGAUCUAUUUGGAUUUUGCCAAGGCAUUUGAUACAGUUCCACACAAUAGAUUAGUGUUCAAACUCAAGGAAAUCGGUCUAGCUGAAAAUGUUUGUUCUUGGGUAGAACAUUGGCUUAAAAACAGAGUACAAAGAGUUGUCAUUAAUGGUAAAUUUUCAAGCUGGACAGAGGUGGCAAGUGGUGUCCCUCAUGGGUCUGUUCUGGGACCCCUUCUAUUUAACAUGUUUAUAAAUGAUCUUGAAGACCGCAUUGAAAGUCAUGUUUCAGUGUUUGCAGAUGGCACAAAACUUUGUAAAACAAUGCAAUGUGAACAAGAUAUUACUUUGCUGCAGAGGGAUUUGGAUAUACUGGAGGACUGGGCACUCAAAUGGCAGAUUAAAUUUAAUGUUGAAAAAUGCAAAGUUAUGCACUUCGGCGUAAAGAAUACACAAGCAACGUAUACCCUUAAUGGAAGCGAAUUAGGGAUAACAACACACGAAAAGGACUUGGGAAUUGUUAUAGACAACAAACUAUGCAACAAUGUGCAAUGUCAAUCAGCAGUGGCCAAGGCCAGUAAGGUAUUGUCAUGCAUGAAAAAGAGCAUUCAUUCUCGGGACAAGAAUAUCAUUUUGCCUCUUUAUAAAUCACUGGUAAGACCCCAUAUUGAAUAUGCUGUGCAAUUUUGGGCACCUGUUCUAAAGAAGGAUAUUAUGGCACUAGAAAAGUGCAGAGGCGGGCUACAAAAUUAAUAAAAGGAAUGGAACAUAUCGGCUAUGAAGAAAGGUUAACAAAUUUAAACCUAUUUAGUUUAGAAAAACGUCGCCUGAGAGGGGAUAUGAUAACAUUAUACAAAUAUAUUCGGGGCCAAUGCAAACCAUUGUGUGGAAAUCUAUUCACAAACCGGACUUUACAUAGGACACGAGGCCAUGCAUUUAGACUGGAAGAAAGAAGAUUUCGUCUAAGGCAAAGGAAAGGUUUUUUUACUGUAAGAACAAUCAGGAUGUGGAAUUCUCUGCCUGAGGAAGUGGUUUUAUCAGAGUCCAUACAGAUGUUCAAGCGGCUACUAGAUGCAUACUUGCAAGAACAGAAUAUUCAAGGAUAUAAUCUUUCAAUGUAAGGUAAUAACUGCUUGAUCCAAGGAUAAAUCUGACUGCCAUUCUGGGGUCAAGAAGGAAUUUUUUUCCUAGCUUGUUGCAAAAUUGUGCUUCAAACUGGUUUUUUUGCCUUCUUUUGGAUCAACAGCAAAAAACAAAUGUGAGGUAGGCUGAACUUGAUAGACGCAAGUCUCUUUUCAGCUAUGUAACUAUGUAACUAUGUAAUAUAUCCUUAGACAGCUAAAUUAAGCUCUCCACCAUUAUACCAUAUAUCACUCAAGUUAGUGAAGGAUAAACUUUAGGUAUUUGGACAGCUCAUUUUAAUCACUUUAUACAUGAUCAAAUUAAAAACAUUUAUCAUAGAAGCGCCUUUUACACAUAUAACUACCGCCUAUUGCAUUUUUUAAGGUAAACAGUUGUCUACUAGCACCUGUCCACAGGGGGCACCUCUAGUGACUACACAUGUGCCUUUUGUGAACUUUAGAUUUUUCCCCCCGAUAUUCUAUAGAUGAUCUAAUUUUAGCACAGUGAAUAUAUGGGACAAAAAUGGUAAUUCUUUGCUAACAUCUACUGCUCUGUUUGAAAAAUGUGGAAAUACGAGAUAUCUCAAUCACUAAAACAGGGUUGCCCAAAAGGUAGUGUUAAGACACCCCUGGCACAGAGGAGUGAAACCGGCGUUUAGUUGAGUUCCCCCUCUGUAGUAAUGCAGGCUCAGUUCGCUCAAACGCACGAACUGAAGCCAGGGGAAUACGCCAACUCCCGAACAAUAAAUCCACGAAUCGCGGCCAACAGCCGAACUAAUAUCCAAGCGGCUUACGUUUCCAGCAAUCAGUCGCUAACCGUGUGUUGUAAAUCCCCCCAAUAACGAGACCAAGCUCCGCAUUGAGGGUAAAACAAGAACUGGCUUUACUGUGGGCUACCCGCCCGUAUUUAUGCAGGUCUCCCACUUGGUGGACACUCCCCUAGGGGACCAAUUGGGAGACUGUAAUUGCAGACAGACAUACGGCACAAAAUAUUCCCAUAAUGCAUAAUGUUUCCUCCCCUCUGCCCUGGAGAUAAUUGAGAAGUAAUUCAAUUAUCUCCCAAGGCAGAUGCAAAUCACCAUUUUAAAUGAAACAUUAAAAAUACAUAAAAAUAAGUAAUUGUACAAAUACCGAACAUAUUACAUUCGUGCAACGUAUCCCCAGAUAGCCUGGAUCUGAGUGCGUAUUCCUACCGAAUAGCGCUCAGAUCCCAUACGCACAGUUCAAUCGGCAUGGAGUCAAAGUCUUUCACAGGUCUUUCGGUAUGCGAUUGACUCCAUGGGAUGGCUAUCUGGGUUAAGUCCAUUCGUAUCAUCCAAACUCCCGAACGGACCGGUGUUCGCAUGCCUUGACAAAUGAGAAGGGCUGUCGGUAGUUUCAGUGGUGUUCGGUAUAAAAAGUGUCCGUUUAUAGUUCCAUAGUAUAGCUGGUCUUUCGCGUGUUCCAAAAUGGCCACCGCCUCGUGGUCGGCAUACGAACGACGACCACACUGCAUUCGGUUAUAAGUAAGAGGUGUCUGCGGUUAAACAUAACGUUCUAAUUGGGGCCAAGAGCUUAACCAGCAGCACACUUCUCUUCUGGGUGGCCAUCCGUUUGGUAGUUCCAUUCGGUAUAAGUCCAAAAAGACGAAUAGGGGCAUACGGACAGGCAAUUCCGCGAAGGGAGGCAAACUAGACGAACCAGCAAUACUAGUCCUACAGAUGAAUCUGUCACAGGUAGAUCCUCAGAUGUUGUAGAACUACAACUCCCAUGAUGCUUUGCAUGCCUUUAGAAUGACAAAGCAUCAUGGAAGCUGUAGUUUCAAAAUAUCUGGGGAGCAACCAAACAUUCCCUUCCCCAAAUAGUAUCAUACAAACGUUUAAUAUGUAUAAAUUAUAUAAAUUUACCUACUUUUUUUAUUUUUACCUAUCACUAAACAGCAAUAUACAAAAAGAAAUGAUCGUUAACGCAAUGCAUCUUCACUAUACCAAGUUCCUAGAUACAUUUUAUGUUUUUCUUUUCAACAAAAUUUACUCAGUAGUAAAGAAUUAAUUAAAACCUAUGCUACAUAAUAUAUUCUUAUCAGUGGCGUACACACAAUCCAUGGGGCCCCAGUGCAAAACUUAUCCAUGCCUCCCCACCACAACCCCAUACAGACACGCACAGAGAUACAUACAGACACACAUACAUACAUACAUACAUACAUACUGAGACAUAUACAUACAGACAGACACACACACAUGCAUACAUACAUACAGACAGGCACAUACAUACAUACAAACACAUACAAACAGACACACACACACAGAUACAUACAGACAUACAUAGACACACACAUGCAUUCAGACACACAUACAUAUACACACACACACAAACAAAUACAUAUAGACACAUACAUACAGACAAAUACACACACACACACACACACCUACAUACAGACACACAGACAUAAAAACACACAGACACAUACAUACAAACACAUAUACACAGAGAUACACACAUACAUGAACACACACACACACACAUACACUAACACACACAUGCAAAAUAUUUUAGUCACCCUCCUAUUACCUAACUUUUAGGUGCAGGAUGGUGACUUCCCUGGGGUCCAGUUGUUUAGGUUGAUGGGAGUCAGAGUUCCCACUCUGACUCCCUCUCCUUCCUCCCGUGCGGCAAACCCUGGUUGCUGGGAGGAGUGACCAGGCCAGUCACUUCCUCCAAGGUGUCUGACAUCAUCAGAGGGGCCCCGGUCGCACUGUAAUCGGGCCCCCUCUGAUGAUGAUAUUUAUUUCCAUCGGGUGGCCCUAACAGCAUGGGCCACCCGAUGGACUCCUUCACGUGCAGCCCUGGCAAUUAUACCGCGCGGCCGUGCCACAAUACAUGGCGGGCACCAGGUUGAAGCGGUCUGCAGCUGCGACCCCUGCAACCGCGGUAUAUAUUACAAUGAAACAAUAACUGCUUCUGCACUCAUUACUGCCCAAAUUCAUAAUAAAUAAAAAUUACUGUUAAGUAGAUAUACCACAAAUAAAUCUUGCAUACAUUUAAUGAUAAAUUUUUUCAUUACGCUAAAUCUAUAAACAGCUUGCAAAACCUAAAGAUACCCUGCCUUUACAAGCCCUCCCCUUCUAACCCCACCCAUACUUUCAGUGGCAGUCCAAUCACAGACUUCGCAAUGCGACUCAAUUAAAAGUCUUGGCAAGAAAGGUGCUCUGGUCAAUUACUGCAUCUUGAGGUCAGUGCAAAUAAGCUAACUGAACCUGGAAGAAAAAGUACCUAUCAGAUUGACAGCCAAUGAAAAAUUAAAAAUGUAGCAAAUUACAUAUAAUCCAGUUAAGGCAAAGUCAUGGCAAACAUUGCAAAUUAGGUGGAGAAAGAGAAACAUUGUUGCUCUCUCUAUGCUGACUGGGCGGAGCUUAUAACAAUGAUUGACAGGGAGCUAAAAUGGAGGUGGCUCUCUCUAUGCUGACUGCCAGGUGUAAAGGGCGGAGCUUAUAACAAUGAUUGACAGGGAGCUAAGAUGGAGGCGGCUCUCUCUAUACUGACUGCCGGGUGUAAAGGGCGGAGCUUAUAACAAUGAUUGACAGGGAGCUAAGAUGGAGGCGGCUCUCUCUAUACUGACUGCCAGGUGUAAAGGGCAGAGCUUAUAACAAUGAUUGACAGGGAGCUAAGAUGGAGGCGGCUCUCUCUAUACUGACUGCCAGGUGUAAUGGGCGGAGCUUAUAGCAAUGAUUGACAGGGAGCUAAGAUGGAGAUGGCUCUCUCUAUACUGACUGCCAGGUGUAAAGGGCGGAGCUUAUAACAAUGAUUGACAGGGAGCUAAGAUGGAGGCGGCUCUCUCUAUACUGACUGCCAGGUGUAAAGGGCGGAGCUUAUAACAAUGAUUGACAGGGAGCUAAGAUGGAGGUGUCUCUCUCUAUACUGACUGACUUUUCAUUUUUCACACCCUACAAAUGGCCAUUUUCAAAUACGUGGAUAUGUAAACAUGAUAUUAAUAAUUCUGAGAAGUGGCAGUUACACUUUAAAUGAAUAUCUUCUCGUUACAGAAAAUAAAGUCAUCCAUUCCAGGAUUACUCAAGUUAAAGGUAAAUCUAAAUCUGUCUGCUUCUUGAUGUUAUAACAACACUGAUUCAAUUUCUAACACCCUGUUAACACAACCUCCAGGGCAUGAAAUGUAGGAUUGCAAUAAAAAUAAAAUGGUUUUGGUUAUGAUAAUUCAGGGAUUGAAAGAGAUAUUCUCAUAUCCUAAGGUUCUGCUAUAUAUACAGAAAACCGCUGUAAGUCUGAGCUUAUUUGAGGCUCAGGAGUAUGUGAGCUAACAUAGAUCUAUAGUGUUUCUUACCAUUUACUUUGAUAUACUACACUAUGGUUUAUGUUUUGUUUGCCCUUCAGAUUAAUACCCAGAUUGUACCAAAGUGGUGAUAUGAGUGUUAUUCUUUUGAGCGCUUUUACCUAUUGUUUUAUAUUAGGGAUUGAAAAAAGGUUAGACAUAACAUCACUGAUUAGAUAUGAUAUCAAAUGCUGAUAAUAUUUCUGUAUAAAUCACUGCAGACCAGGAUAAUACCAGAAUCCACGGAUUGCGAACCCUGGCCACGACCUGUAAUAUCUUAAUACUCUAAAACAUUCCCUUCCCCGAAUAGUAUCAGGCAAAUGUUUAAUACAUAUAAAUUAUAAAAACUUACAUACCUUUUUAUUUUUAACUAUCAGUAAACGGCAAUUUACAAACAGAAAUGAUAGUUAACUCAAUGCAUCUUCACUAUAUUGUAGAUACAUUUUUGUGUUUUUAUUAUAAACAAAAAGUACCCAGUAGUGAAGAGUUAAUUGAAACCUAUGCUAUGUAAUAUAUUCUUAUUAUGAAACAAUGACUGCUUCUGCACUCAUUCCUGCCCAAAUACAAAAUAAAUAAUGUAACGAACCCUGAUGUGGUAGCUGUCGGUUCGUCUGUUUCCACCCGAACUGCUAAGAGCAGGAGUGAUUAAAGCUUGCAGUUCGGGUUUCCAUUCGUCUCUUUCUCCAGAUCAGAUACAGCUUACUCAGCAGAUUCUGCCAAUGUAGUGCACAGGUACCCACACUUGAUGAAGGGUGUAACAAGACUGAAGCUUUAUUGCUCCCCCAUGGACCUUUUGGGGACAGGGUGCAGCGGAGUAGUAGUAUUAUCCACGGUAUCUCCACUGGUAGACAGGAUGAAGCAGGUACAUAACAGGCAGAAUGCAGGUAGCGUAGUUACAAUCCCUUCCUCCCAAGAACUAGACGACACAUAGCUUGGAGGUCAACUGAGGUUUUUACUUAAAGGCACAGUAUUUAUGUGGUUACAAAUGUAAGGGGUUUCCCAAGUCACAAUACAGGGUUUGUCCAGUAGGGGACUACAUGGGGGACUGGGUUUUACACACAUAAUACCCAUCAUACAUUGCUGUACCAAGGAGAUAAUUAUCCCAGAAUGCAUUGCUAAUGUGUUUAUCCCUUGGUACAGAGAAACACAGUUUUCAUAUAAAAAUCCAUAACCAACAUCAUUUUUAUGCCGUACAGCUAUUUAACCAUUUAUUAUAUAGCUGGGACCUGGGCGCACAGUUAAGGGAACUUGCGCUCAGAUCCCAGCACAAAUAACCGAACGACGUUCAGUUUCCCUUAUCAGGACCACUUUGUUUUUAACCGAUUGCCUGAAUGGAGGGAAUGAAAGUCCCGAAAAUGGUAAACUCCCGAACGGCUUGGAAGUCUAGGGGGGCUUAUGUUGCCGAGUAGCCAAUUUUAGUUCCAGGUGCUGGACGACAAAACCCUGCUGGCUUUCCGCGAACAAAGAUGGCCGCCGCCUCGUGUUCCGUACACGAAUGGCAGCCACCCGCAACAGACCUCAAUUAACACGGAUACAAUGUUGCAAAGUACCUAAUUGGAGACACACGACCUGCUAUGGGUGGUCUCCCAUUCGGUACCUUGCUUAUGUAACACACGAAUGCCACAUACAUUUGCAAAAUACAGAGAACAGAGGUAGAAAUAGACAGCUUGCUUAAAUAUACGGUUUUAAGUCUUAUAAGUGGCUAGAUUUGCCACACAGGGACUCAACUUAUUACAGCCAUUAACAAACAGUGACACUCCCAAAACAAAUAAGUAAUUCCCCCCUCUCUACCUGGAGAUAAUUGGGUCAGAUAAAGUGCUAACUUAAUUAUGUCCAGGAAGAAAAAUCAUUAUUUUCCCAAAACUUAGAAAGUACCCCAGAACAUACAGGAUCCCCAUAGAUGUCACAUCCCCCGAUAGCCCUGAUCUGGGUGACCAACAUAUCCAAAAAUCACCCAGAUCAGUUCAGGUUUUUUUUUAUUUCAUGGAAGUACCAUUUGGACCGACCACACACGAGGCUACUGCCCAGAAACAGUUCCAUGUGUUUAGGCUGUGCGGUCGGUCUAUUUUGAAAAAUCACAAAACCGAACAAAUGCACGAAUGGAACCCUCCGGCUCAUAGUAGUGAUUGUUCCCCUGGUUCGUGGGAACCAAACUACCAAACAGCGCUUUCCUAGCUGUUCUGGAAAAGGAAGCAGGCAUUUGUUUAGUUUGACCGGUGUUCGGGAAGUCAAGUGUCCAAUUUUAGUUCCAGACACUUGACGACACUUUCGUACAAACAAGAUGGCCACCGUUUUCUCUUACAUGUGGCGUUUGGCUAUACGAACAGCUGUCACACAGGGAGAGCGCUUAAUUGAUGGUUUCCCUUGGUGAUAAUGAGCCAGAGGGGUGGUCGGGGUUCGGUAGUUUUGGAACUACCGAACAAAUAAACGAAAACCGGGAAAAUAUGCGAAAUAUUGUUCGAACGAAGUUAGGAAAUGCUGGUUUUCUUACAAAUAAAAUUACUGUUAAGUAGAUAUACCCCAAAUACAAGUUGCAUACAUUUAAUGACGCAUUUUUUUUUACUAUGGUAAUGAUAUUCAAAAUCAAUGUAGCGUCUUGCAGAGAAGCAGCCCACUCCAAGACAAAAUUUUGUAGGGUGGCUUGGCACUUGUGUUAUAACUCUAGAAACCCCACUCCACCAGACUCUUAAGGCACAAGCUGCUCAAUAUGUCGACAGCCGAGUUUAUAACCCAGCCCCUAACAUAGCUCAUAACAUACCUCAGGAAGUAACUCCAAACCAGUUCCAGAACUUGGUAUCAGUACCUGUAAUCAGCAUUGCUAUACCAUUACUUUUAUGUCCCCACUAAGGUGGUAAUUCUGUUAUGCUACCAUUAUUUUUAUAACUACUUAAUGUUUGGAUCAUUAUUAUAAAUACUUGUAAAAACCUGAAGCAUAAUGACGAAUCACAAUCAUACUCACAAUGCUCCCACAAAUAUUUCACCCUUCCAAAACAAAACGUUCAUAUUGCUGUGCACUCAUGAAACAAUGUGACACUGUUAAUGUUCCUAUUAUUGUGAAACAUUUUCGCUUAGGUCUGUCAAACAAUCUGUAACACAGUGUGUAUAAUGUGAACGGAUAAAAAUGCAUAACAAAAAAAACCAUAAAACUUUCAGGGAGCUAAAUUGCUUUAGGGAUCUGGAGUGUCACUUUAAAGGGGAACUAUCGCUUCUCUAGACUUUACACCAUGUUAUAAAACAUUGAAAAAUCACCAAUAACUUCUGUUAACCUUUAUUUCAUGAGUUUUUUUUUUUAAAUGUUUUUUAUUUAUAUUAAAGUAUUAGCAAAUUACAUAUAAUCCAGUUCAGACAAUGCAAAGUCAUGGCAAACAUUGCAAAUUAGGAGGAGAAAUAGAAAUGUUGUUGAUCUCUCCAUACUGACUGCCAGGUGUAAAGGGCGGAGCUUAUAACAAUGAUUGACAGGGAGCUAAGAUGGAGGUGGCUCUCUCUAUACUGACUGCCAGGUGUAAAGGGCGGAGCUUAUAACAAUGAUUGACAGGGAGCUAAGAUGGAGGCUGCUCUCUCUAUACUGUCUGCCAGGUGUAAAGGGCGGAGCCUGUAAUGAAGCUGAAGCAGGGACUAGAAUUUAGGUAGCUCUCUCUAUACUUUGGCUACGCCGAGUGGCAAGAGGCGAGGCUUGCAAUAGAAGCGGCAAAGGGCUAGAUGGAAGCUCUGCCAUGCACCAAUUACGCCAAGAAGCUGAGGAGCUUAUAACAAUGGCUUAGCCCGAGGAGCUAGAUGAGUGGCUCUCACAUACGGCUGCACCAGGUAGCAAAAGAAAGAGCUUAUAACAAUGAUUGACAGGGAGCUAAGAUGGAGGCGGCUCUCUCUAUACUGACUGCCAGGUGUAAAGGGAGGAGCUUAUAACAAUGAUUGGCGAGGCUACAAGAUAGGUGAAGCACCUCUCUAUACACAGCUACCCCAGGUGUAAAAGAAGCACCAACUUAAUGAGGGUGACAGGGAGCUAAGAUGGGGGUGGCUCUCUCUGUACUGACUGCCAGGUGUAAAGGGCGGAGCUUAUAACAAUGAUUGACAGGGAGCUAAGAUGGAGGUGGCUCUCUCUAUACUGACUGCCAGGUGUAAAAGGCGGAGCUUAUAACAAUGAUUGACAGGGAGCUAAGAUGGAGGUGGCUCUCUCUAUACUGACUGCCAGGUGUAAAAGGCGGAGCUUAUAACAAUGAUUGACAGGGAGCUAAGAUGGAGGUGGCUCUCUCUAUACUGACUGCCAGGUAUAAAGGGCGGAGCUUAUAACAAUGAUUGACAGGGGGCUAAGAUGGAGGCGGCUCUCUCUAUACUGACUGCCAGGUGUAAAGGGCGGAGCUUAUAACAAUGAUUGACGGGGAGCUAAGAUGGAGGUGGCUCUCUCCAUACUGACUGCCAGUGUAAUGGGCGGAGCUUAUAACAAUGAUUGACAGGGAGCUAAGAUGGAGGUGGCUCUCUCUAUACUGACUGCCAGGUGUAAAGGGCAGAGCUUAUAACAAUGAUUGACAGGGAGCUAAGAUGGAGGUGGCUCUCUCUAUACUGACUGCCAGGUGUAAAGGGCGGAGCUUAUAACAAUGAUUGACAGGGAGCUAAGAUGGAGGAGGCUCUCUCUAUACUGACUGCCAGGUGUAAAGGGCGGAGCUUAUAACAAUGAUUGACAGGGAGAAAAUUUGAGUGUUCAAAUCUUUGAACGGAACUUAGCCUCCAGCCGCAGUGUCGAAGUAGAGUAGAAGGUACUGGUCAGCGGUGUUCGUGCAAUUGGGUAGCUGAAAACAGUUCCAGAGAUUUGGCUGCACACACUGCUGACCGCGUUCGAAUGAGUUAAAAUGGCCGCCGCCGCGUGUUCGGUUUUUGAAUGGCGGCCACUUCAACGACUUCAACUGCAUCCGAAGUGCCAGUUUAAAAGUACAAAUCCUUUCUCUGGGAAUUAAAGGGCCAGAAACAGCAACAUAAAAAUCAGUUAUGCCCAAAUCAGUUCCUAGAAGGGCAAUACAUCCCAGGGCCAUAGUCGCAGGACAGGAGGCUGGCAAACAGGCCCCUCCAAAAACCAGUGGUGAGGUCACUUUCGCUACAAUUAAUAAUUCUGAGAAGUGGCAGUUACACUUUAAAUGUAUAUCUUCUCGUUACAGAAAAUGCGGCAGGCAACAUUCAAGUCAUUCAUCAAAAGAAGGUCACUCACAUUCAAGGUAAAUCCAAAUUGUCUGCUUCUUGAUGUUAUAACAACACUGAUUCAAUUUCUAACACCCUGUUAACACAACCUCCAGGGCAUGAAAUGUAGGAUUGCAAUAAAAAUAAAAUGGUUUUGGUUAUGAUAAUUCAGGGAUUGAAAGAGAUAUUCUCAUAUCCUAAGGUUCUGCUAUAUAUACAGAAAACCGCUGUAAAUCUGAGCUUAUUUGAGGCUCAGGAGUAUGUGAGCUAACAUAGAUCUAUAGUGUUUCUUACCAUUUACUUUGAUAUACUACACUAUGGUUUAUGUUUUGUUUACCCUUCAGAUUAAUACCCAGAUUGUACCAAAGUGGUGAUAUGAGUGUUAUUCUUUUGAGCGCUUUUACCUAUUGUUUUAUAUCAGGAAUUGAGAAAGGUUAGACAUAACAUCACUGAUUAGAUAUGAUAUCAAAUGCUGAUAAUAUUUCUGUAUAAAUCACCACAGACCAGGAUAAUACCAGAAUCCACGGAUUGCGAACCCUGGCCACGACCUGUAAUAUCUUAAUACUCUAAAACAUUCCCUUCCCCGAAUAGUAUCAUGCAAAUGUUUAAUACAUAUAGAUUAUAAAAACUUACAUACUUUUUUAUUUUUAACUAUCAGUAAACAGCAAUUUACAAACAGAAAUGAUAGUUAACUCAAUGCAUCUUCAUUAUACCAAGCUCGUAGAUAUUUUAAACAAAAAGUACCCAGUAGUGAAGAGUUAAUUGAAACCUAUGCAACAUAAUAUAUCCUUAUUAUGAAACAAUGACUGCUUCUGCACUCAUUACUGCCCAAAUACAAAAUAAAUACAAAUUCCUGUUAAGUAGAUAUACCACAAAGUUUGCAUACAUUUAAUGAUGCAUUUUUUCAUUAUUGUAAAUCUAUAAACAGCUUGCAAAACCUAAAGAUACCCUGCCUUUACAAGCUCUCCCCUUCUAACCCCACCCGUACUUUCAGUGGAGGUCCAGUCACAGACUUCACAAUGCGACUCAAUGAGAGGUCUUGGCAAGACAGGUGCUCUGGUCAAUUACUGCCUCUUCAGGUCAGUGCAAAUAAGCUAACUGAACCAGGAGGAAAAAGUACCUGUUGUCUGUUUGACAGCCAAUGGGGUUUAACCAGGUUCAUUUAUAAACGUGACAAUUUCAACAAAAAUCUGCACAAUUUCCAAAAUUAAAAAAUAGGGCACACUCUUCAAACAUAAAGCUUUUCAGCGAGCUAAAGCGCUUUAGGGGUCUGGAGUGACCCUUUAAAGGAGAACUAUAAUUUUCUAAACUUUACAGCAUGGAUGUCAAACUCCCGGCCCGCAUGCGGCCCACAACUAAUAUGUUUGCGGUCCACGGCGAGAGAGCGCUGAGUGUAAGGCAAGCUCUCCCUGCUCAGUUUCCCGCAGUGAUGCCGGGAGCCGGAAUAUGACAUCACAUUCCGGCUCCCGGCAUCAAUCUGCGACGCGCGAGGGAGCUGACCAGGGACAGCUCAAAAUCAGUGCUCCCUCGCUGCCUGUCCGCCCCCCUCCCUGCUUGAAUGUCCAGCAGCCCCACUAGACACCAGGUAAGAAAUUCACCCAGCUCUCCCAAAGGUAGGGAGGCUAGGUGGAUUGAGAUUAAAAUAAUAAUAAAAUGUAAAAAAGUGUUUGGGGGUGUUUGGGUAUAUGAGUGUUUGGCUGUCUGUCUGUGUGUAUGGCUGUCUGUGUGUGUAUGGCAGGUUGUGUGUGUGUAUGGCUGGCUGAGUGUCUGUGUAUUACUGGCUGUGUCUGUGCAUGGCUGGCUUUGUGUGUAUUGCUGUCUGUGUGUGUAUUCCUGGCUGUGUGUGUGUAUAUGGCUGGCUGUGUGUGUGUGUGUGUGUGUGUGUGUGUGGCUGGCUGUGUGUGUGUGUGGCUGGCUGUGUGUAUGGCUGGCUGUGUGUGUGUGUAUGGCUGGCUGUGUGCGCGUGACGGGCUGUGUGUGCAUGUCUGUGUGUGUGUGUGUGUGUGUGUGUGUGAAGGAGUCUAUGUGUCUGUCUGUGAGUCUGUGUGUGUGUCUGUGAGGGAGCCUCUGUGUCUGAGUGAUUGUGUGUGUCUGUGAGGGAGCCUGUUUGUCAGUUAGUGUGUGUCUGUGAGUGCAUGUGUGUGUUGGAGUGAUUCUGUGUGUAUGUCAGUGUGUGUGAAUGUCUGUCAGUGAGUGUGUCUGUUUAGUAGACAAGGGGCAUUGUGAUUUAGUAGACAAGGGUGGGACUGGGAUUAAAUAGACGAAGGGGGGAAUGGGAUUUAGUAGAGGGGGUCGCUGUUUUUCUUUUUUUUAAUACUGUACUUCAAAAUAAAUCUAAUUUUCUAUGAACAUUUACAAUAUUGUUUUUUUGUGGCCCAUUUAAACUUAAAUCUUGUUUAUUUGGCCCUUGCUAGCCUUUGACUUUGACAUGAUUGCUUUACACCAUGUGAUAAAACAUUGAAAUCUCACCAAUAACUUCUGUUAACCUUUAUUUCAGGAGAUCCUUUUUAAAAAAAAUUGUUUUUUUUUAUAUAAAAAAUUUAGUAAAUUAGAUAUAAUCCCGUUCAGACAAGGCAAACUUUGCAAAUUAGGAGGAGAAAUAGAAAUGUUGUUGCUCUCUCUAUACUGACUGCCAGGUGUAAAGGGCGGAGCUUAUAACAAUGAUUGACAGGGAGCUAAGAUGGAGGCGGCUCUCUCUAUACUGACUGCCAGGUGUAAAGGGCGGAGCUUAUAACAAUGAUUGACAGGGAGCUAAGAUGGAGGUGGCUCUCUCUAUACUGAUUGCCAGGUGUAAAGGGCGGAGCUUAUAACAAUGACUGACAGGGAGCUAAGAUGGAGGCGGCUCUCUCUAUACUGACUGCCAGGUGUAAAGGGCGGAGCUUAUAACAAUGAUUGACAGGGAGCUAAGAUGGAGGCGGCUCUCUCUAUACUGACUGCCAGGUGUAAAGGGCGGAGCUUAUAACUAUGAUUGACAGGGAGCUAAGAUGGAGGCGGCUCUCUCUAUACUGACUGCCAGGUGUAAAGGGCGGAGCUUAUAACAAUGAUUGACAGGGAGCUAAGAUGGAGGUGGCUCUCUCUAUGCUGACUGCCAGGUGUAAAGGCGGAGCUUAUAACAAUGAUUGACAGGGAGGUAAGAUGGAGGUGGCUCUAUACUGACUGCCAGGUGUAAAGGGCAGAGCUUAUAACAAUGACUGACAGGGAGCUAAGAUGGAGGCGGCUCUCUCUAUACUGACUGCCAGGUGUAAAGGGCGGAGCUUAUAACAAUGAUUGACAGGGAGCUAAGAUGGAGGCGGCUCUCUCUAUACUGACUGCCAGGUGUAAAGGGUGGAGCUUAUAACAAUGACUGACAGGGAGCUAAGAUGGAGGUGGCUCUCUCUAUACUGACUGCCAGGUGUAAAGGGCGGAGCUUAUAACAAUGAUUGACAGGGAGCUAAGAUGGAGGUGGCUCUCUCUAUACUGACUGCCAGGUGUAAAGGGCGGAGCUUAUAACAAUGAUUGACAGGGAGCUAAGAUGGAGGCGGCUCUCUCUAUACUGACUGCCAGGUGUAAAGGGCGGAGCUUAUAACAAUGAUUGACAGGGAGCUAAGAUGGAGGUGGCUCUCUCUAUACUGACUGACAGGUGUAAAGGGCGGAGCUUAUAACAAUGAUUGACAGGGAGCUAAGAUGGAGGGGGCUCUCUCUAUACUGACUGUCAGGUGUAAAGGGUGGAGCUUAUAACAAUGAUUGACAGGGAGCUAAGAUGGAGGCGGCUCUCUCUAUACUGACUGCCAGGUGUAAAGGGCGGGGCUUAUAACAAUGACUGACAGGGAGCUAAGAUGGAGGUGGCUCUCUCUAUACUGACUGCCAGGUGUAAAGGGCGGAGCUUAUAACAAUAACUGACAGGGAGCUAAGAUGGAGGUGGCUCGCUCUAUACUGACUGCCAGGUGUAAAGGGCAGAGCUUAUAACAAUGAUUGACAGGGAGCUAAGAUGGAGGUGGCUCUCUUUAUACUGACUGCCAGGUGUAAUGGGCGGAGCUUAUAACGAUGAUUGACAGGGAGCUAAGAUGGAGGCGGCUCUCUCUAUACUGACUGCCGGGUGUAAAGGGCGGAGCUUAUAACAAUGAUUGACAGGGAGCUAAGAUGGAGACGGCUCUCUCUAUACUGACUGCCGGGUGUAAAGGGCGGAGCUUAUAACAAUGAUUGACAGGGAGCUCUCUUCUAUACUGACUGCCAGGUGUAAAGGGAGGGCUUAUAACAAUGAUUGACAGGGAGCUAAGAUGGAGGCUGCUCUCUCUAUACUGUCUGCCAGGUGUAAAGGGCGGAGCUUAUAACAAUGAUUGACAGGGAGCUAAGAUGGAGGUGGCUCUCUCUAUAUUGACUGCCAGGUGUAAAGGGCGGAGCUUAUAACAAUGAUUGACAUGGAGCUAAGAUGGAGGCGGCUCUCUCUAUGCCGACUGCCAGGUGUAAAGGGCGGAGCUUAUAACAAUGAUUGACAGGGAGCUAAGAUGGAGGUGGCUCUAUGCUGACUGCCAGGUGUAAUGGGCGGGGCUUAUAACAAUGAUUGACAGGGAGUUAAGAUGGAGGCGGCUCUCUCUAUACUGACUGCCAGGUGUAAAGGGCGGAGCUUAUAACAAUGAUUGACAGGGAGCUAAGAUGGAGGUGGCUCUCUCCAUACUGACUGCCAGGUGUAAAGGGCGGAGCUUAUAACAAUGAUUGACAGGGAGCUAAGAUGGAGGAGGCUCUCUCUAUACUGACUGCCAGGUGUAAAGGCGGUUUCUUAUAACAAUGAUUGACAGGGAGGCCAAGAUGGAGGCUGCCCCCAUGCUGACCGCCGCGUAAAGGGGCCAUGCAACAAUGAUUGACAGGAGCUAAGAUGGAGGCGGCUCUCUCUAUACUGACUGCCAGGUGUAAAGGGCAGAGCUUAUAACAAUGAUUGACAGGGAGCUAAGAUGGAGGUGGCUCUCUAUAUACUGACUGCCAGGUGUAAAGGGCGGAGCUUAUAACAAUGAUUGACAGGAGCUAAGAUGGAGGCGGCUCUCUCUAUACUGACUGCCAGGUGUAAAGGGCGGAGCUUAUAACAAUGAUUGACAGGGAGCUAAGAUGGAGGCGGCUCUAUCUAUACUGACUGCCAGGUGUAAAGGGCUGAAAUUUAUAAACAAUGAUUGACAGGAGCUAAGAUGGAGGUGGCUCCAUACUGACUGACAGGUAAAGGGCGGAGCUUAUAACAAUGAUUGACAGGCAGCUAAGAUGGAGGUGGCUCUCUCUAUACUGACUGCCAGGUGUAAAGGGCGGAGCUUAUAACAAUGAUUGACAGGGAGCUAAGAUGGAGGCGGCUCUCUCUAUACUGACCGCCAGGUGUAAAGGGCGGAGCUUAUAACAAUGAUUGACAGGGAGCUAAGAUGGAGGCGGCUCUCUCUAUACUGACUGCCAGGUGUAAAGGGCGGAGCUUAUAACAAUGAUUGACAGGGAGCUAAGAUGGAGGCGGCUCUCUCUAUACUGACUGCCAGGUGUAAAGGGCGCAGCUUAUAACAAUGAUUGACAGGGAGCUAAGAUGGAGGUGGCUCUCUAUACUGACUGCCAGGUGUAAAGGGCGGAGCUUAUAACAAUGAUUGACAGGGAGCUAAGAUGGAGGUCGCUCUCUCUAUACUGACUGCCAGGUGUAAAGGGUGGAGCUUAUAACAAUGAUUGACAGGGAGCUAAGAUGGAGGUGGCUCUCUCUAUACUGACUGCCAGGUGUAAAGGGCGGAGCUUAUAACAAUGAUUGACAGGGAGCUAAGAUGGAGGCGGCUCUCUCUAUACUGACUGCCAGGUGUAAAGGGCGGAGCUUAUAACAAUGAUUGACAGGGAGCUAAGAUGGAGGUGGCUCUCUCUAUACUGACUGCCAGGUGUAAAGGGCGGAGCUUAUAACAAUGAUUGACAGGGAGCUAAGAUGGAGGCGGCUCUCUCUAUACUGACUGCCAGGUGUAAAGGGCGGAGCUUAUAACAAUGAUUGACAGGGAGCUAAGAUGGAGGCGGCUCUCUCUAUACUGACUGCCAGGUGUAAAGGGCGGAGCUUAUAACAAUGAUUGACAGGGAGCUAAGAUGGAGGUGGCUCUCUAUACUGACUGCCAGGUGUAAAGGGCGGAGCUUAUAACAAUGAUUGACAGGGAGCUAAGAUGGAGGUGGCUCUCUCUAUACUGACUGCCAGGUGUAAAGGGCGGAGCUUAUAACAAUGAUUGACAGGGAGCUAAGAUGGAGGCGGCUCUCUCUAUACUGACUGCCAGGUGUAAAGGGCGGAGCUUAUAACAAUGAUUGACAGGGAGCUAAGAUGGAGGCGGCUCUCUCUAUACUGACUGCCAGGUGUAAAGGGCGGAGCUUAUAACAAUGAUUGACAGGGAGCUAAGAUGGAGGUGGCUUUCUCUAUACUGACUGCCAGGUGUAAAGGGCGGAGCUUAUAACAAUGAUUGACAGGGAGCUAAGAUGGAGGUGGCUCUCUCUAUACUGACUGCCAGGUGUAAAGGGCGGAGCUUAUAACAAUGAUUGACAGGGAGCUAAGAUGGAGGUGGCUCUCUCUAUACUGACUGCCAGGUGUAAAGGGCGGAGCUUAUAACAAUGAUUGACAGGGAGCUAAGAUGGAGGCGGCUCUCUCUAUACUGACUGCCAGGUGUAAAGGGCGGAGCUUAUAACAAUGAUUGACAGGGAGCUAAGAUGGAGGUGGCUCUCUCUAUACUGACUGCCAGGUGUAAAGGGCGGAGCUUAUAACAAUGAUUGACAGGGAGCUAAGAUGGAGGUGGCUCUCUCUAUACUGACUGCCAGGUGUAAAGGGCGGAGCUUAUAACAAUGAUUGACAGGGAGCUAAGAUGGAGGUGGCUCUCUCUAUACUGACUGCCAGGUGUAAAGGGCGGAGCUUAUAACAAUGAUUGACAGGGAGCUAAGAUGGAGGCGGCUCUCUCUAUACUGACUGCCAGGUGUAAAGGGCGGAGCUUAUAACAAUGAUUGACAGGGAGCUAAGAUGGAGGCGCCCAGUUACACAAUAAAGAAGUGUGGAUUUCUGCAUUUUAUUUUUCACACCCUACAAAUGGCCAUUUGCAAAAUAUGUGGAUAAGUAAACAUGAUAUUAAUAAUUCUGAGAAGUUGUGGUUAUACUUUAAAUGUAUAUCUUCUUGUUACAGAAAAUAAGGCAGGCAACACUCAAGUCAUUCGUCAAACGAGGGUCACUCACAUUCAAGGUAAAUCAAAAUCGUCUGCUGUGUUUCUUACCUUUUACUUUGAUAUACUACACUAUGGUUUAUGUUUUGUUUGCCCUUCAGAUUAAUACCCAGAUUGUACCAAAGUGGUGAUAUGAGUGUUAUUCUUUUGAGCGCUUUUACCUAUUGUUAUAUCAGGAAUUGAAAAAGGUUAGACAUAACAUCACUGAUUAGAUAUGAUAUCAAAUGCUGAUAAUAUUUCUGUAUAAAUCACCGCAGACCAGGAUAAUACCAGAAUUCACGGAUUGCGAACCCUGGACACAACCUGUAAUAUCCUAAUUUAUGGAGGUUAUUCACUAAAGCCAAAAUGCAGUGACCUCAUCGAAGACAGAUUUAGGAAAAUAAAGCAUUUGACCUAAAAUUGCAUGUUGCUGGAUGCAUUCAGUGGAAGAAGUUGAUAUUUAGUGUCAACGUAAAAUAUUAUCUAGGUGGAAAUUCUCUGAUAUUUCAUGGGCUCAUGUCUUUCUUCUCAGAGAGUUUUCUAUUCAGGGGGUUUAAAAAGUUUGAUACUGGAGAACUUGCAAUUUGUGUUAAAUUUGGGGAAAACCACUUGAAGCAUUCGUUGUAUUGAGCUUUUUCAAUUGCUUUUGUUUGAUUUCUUCAUAUGAAACGGUAAAAAGUCUGAACAUUUUGACAAUAGACCAGAUUAUCAAUGGGGGUUGAAUAAUUUUGAUUGCAGUUGUAUAUACAUAUAAAUAAUAAAUAUACACAAUAUACAUAGAGAUUAAGAAUACAUAUGUGUAAAAUACACAGAAAUAAAGAAUACAUACAUGUACAAUACACACGAGAUAACGAAUACAAAAUUACAGAAUACUCAAACAUAUAAGAAAUAAAUACACACACAAAAAAAUAAAAGGCUACGAUACAAUGGUUGUAGUAAACAUAUUUCCAAACAGAAACACCAGCUCUGUGUCUCUUUGUCCACGUCAGCCUCUUUGUGUGUGUCUCUUUGAUCCCUCACACCCACUGUGUUUUUGCUUCCCCUAGCACCUCUGUGUGUCUCUUUCUCCCCCAACUCCUUUGUGUGUCUCUUUUCCCCCUUCCCAAGCCACUCUGUAUGUCUUCCCCCCUGCACCUUUGUGGGUCUCUUUGUCCUCUCAACCCCUGUAUGUGUCUUUGUCCCCCCACACCAUCUAUGUGUUUCAUUCUUCCUCAGCCUCUCUGUGUGCCUAUUUGUCCUUCCAGCCCCUCUGUGUGUCUAUUUGUCCCUCCACACCCUCUAUGUAUUUCCACAGCCCCUUUGUGUUUCUCUUUUUCCCCUUCCCCUGUCCCUUUGUGUCUUUUCCCCACAGCACAUUUAUCGGUCUCUUUCUCCCCCCCACCCUAGCUGCUAUGUGUGUCUCUUUUUUCCCUAGCCCCUUUGUGUGUCUCUUUCCCCCACCACCCAUGUGGGUCUCAUUCUUCCCCAGUCCCUCUGUGUGUCUAAUUCCACCAGAGCUCCCCCUGUGUGCCUCUUUGUCUACCCUGUCCCUCUUUGUUAAAUUUUGUACCCCCAGUCCCUCUAUGUGUCUUUUUGUCCACAGCCCCUUUAUGGUCUCUUAUCCUUCUGUCCCUUUGUAGUCUUUCAUUCUUCCGUCACUUUAUGUUCUCUCACCUCCUCCAUCCCUGUGUGGUCUCUCCUCCCUCCCCUCCCGUUACUUUGUGUUUUCUCCCUUCCACUGUCCUCCGCUACAUGUGUCACUUUGCCCCUCAUCAUUCCCUCUGUGUGUCUUUGUCACCAAAAGUCCCUCUGUGUGUCUUUUUGUCCACAGCCCCUUUAUGGUCUCUUAUCCUUCUGUCCCUUUGUAGUCUUUCAUUCCUCUGUCACUUUAUGUUUUAUCACCUCCUCCAUCCCUGUAUGGUCUCUCCCCCCUCCCCUCCCGUUACUUUGUGGUUUCUCCCUUCCACUGUCCUCCGCUACAUGUGACUGGAAGGAGGUGAGCACCAUGCUGUGGGCUCCCCACCUGCUGGUCACCCAGACACUGUUCCCUCUGGGUUACAGCCUUGCCCUUUCGCUGGUUCUAGUCAUAAACACUACAGCAGGCUAAAGCGAUUAUACUACGUAAUGUAGCCCUUUAAAUUAGUAAUAUGCAAAUGAGAAUAAGUAAUGUUUAGUUUUUUUAAUAAUUAAGAUUGCAUUUGGAGGAUUUUAGUCCAGUUGCCAUUAUGUGCUUCACAUUUUAUGAGCAGGUUUGCAUGCGUAUUUGGGAGAAAACCAAAUGUCUAAUGAUGUAGUUAUUCACUCUGAGUGAACCUGACAUUAGAAUGAAGAUAUGAAUUAUAACAGUUUUGUUGAUAUUGAUGGAACGUCCAUAUUUCUCUGCAUGAUAUUGGUGGUAAUUUGAGGAGACGACUUCUAGGAGGAAAAAUAAUUGAUGGACGAUGUCUGUAUGAGUGAGGACUGCAUGAAAUUCAUUAUGUAACAUGUCCUGGCAAUAGAGGCCAUGUAAACUGUUUAACGGCUCAAGGCCUAUUAGAGUUGAAUUGAUCUCAUGUUUCAAUAUUUAAUUAUAUUGUUUUCUUUUUAUAGGUGAAAACCAUGGACGCUAAUCUACUUUCAUUUUAUUGA